AUGAAGUCUUUCGCGGGUACCUUUGUCGCGUUUGGCGGUGCGUUUGUUUCGGCACAAGAGCUUUGUGCAUCGCCGGAACCUCCAGCAGACCUGCGUGCGCUGGUGACUCGAUCGCAAAACGGCCCACGGGACGUCGCCGCUGAACAUGCAAUCAACACCUACGUUCAUGUUAUCACAAGGGAGGCCAAGGAAGGCCUGUACCCACGAUCCAUGAUAGACCAGCAGCUCGAAGUAUUGAACGAUAGAUAUGCGGGUUCCGGCUUCACUUUUGUGACCGUCAGUGUGGACUACACCGUCAACGACACAUGGGCUCUAUGCGAUGCCUGGGAACAGUGCGAGUUCGACUACAAAGCGGCUCUCCGCCAAGGGACCUACGCCGACCUGAACCUGUACUACCUCAGCGACCUGUACGAGAACUUCGGGGUGCUCGGAUUCGCGCUCUAUCCAGAGUCCGAAGUGGACGACGCGACGCUCUCCCGCGACGGCGUGGUCAAUCUGGCCGGCACUUUGCCCGGUGCGGAGAUGGCAGAGUACAAUCAAGGCCUGACGACAAUUCACGAGGUCGGACACUGGCUUGGCCUUUUCCAUACCUUUGAGGGCAACUCGUGCACCGGUGAGGGCGACCUCGUGGCCGACACGCCUCAGCAAGCAGAAGCAACGGCUGGAUGCCCUGCGAGCUCUGACACCUGCCCGGAUAGCCCUGGCUUCGACGCGAUCCACAAUUAUAUGGACUACACUGUUGAUUCCUGCAAGACCGAGUUCACUCCGGGUCAGAUUGCCCGAGCCCAGGAUGUUUUUGCCACCCUUCGACUCGGAAAGUGA